CCGUAGGGGAUAUGCGUUGCUGCGCGUGGAGGCCAGCGCAAACAAGUGGAAGAAAAAAUAAUCAAAACAAAAGAUUUCAGCAGCAUCCCCCGGUGAGGAGACUGAAAAUAAUUUGCUAGAGAGAGUGUGUUGGAUAGCGCGCCAGAAAUGGUGCUCCAGUCAGUCGUGCUGAUUUGAUCGAAUUAGACCAGGUGUUUCGGGUUGUGACCCAUACUACGUGCACCGGGUUUCGCGUGAUAUGUUGCGAUAACUCGCAGAUCUUGGACCUGGGAGAUUCGUUCGGUGUUGCUUGCGUGUGAUCAGUGGCGACGGUUCUGUUGAAAUACUACAGGGUAGGUUGUGACCGUUGUUUUUAAUUACGACCCACAAAAGCCCCUCAGUGCGGUUAUCAAUCAAGUGAUAGAAUUUUCACUGCAGUCUGAGUGCAUGGUGAAAAUAGGUUACUGCGAGAUGUGAUUUUGUAGUGAUCCUCAAUGAAAAAACGAAAAAAUGGAUAUCAAAUUAGAAAAACUGAAGCUUGGUUCCCGUGAAUGUUGUAUACAACACAAAAUUGUGUGCAAUAAUUCGUUCUAUCAAACAAAUUCCAGUCAUUGUGUAGGAAUAAGGGUGAUGCAACAAUCUCACUAACCCACUCCACCAUCUACAAUUUCAUAGAGAUAAAAUCAUUAUUUCAACGAUACCAAGGUGAUAUUGUCGUUGCUCACAGUGCCAGUGUGUGCGACGUGAAAUAUAGUCUGCAAACGAACACGUUGACUGGCACAUCAGUCACCAGUGACUGACAGUAUAGCAUAUGAUAAUAAAGACUGAAUUGAGGACCUGUGCGGCGUGCGGAGAGCCGAUCGCCGAUAAAUACCUCUUCGACGUUGAUGGAUGUUCGUGGCACGGUUCCUGUUUGCGCUGUUCCGUCUGUCUCACCUUACUGGAGCGCCAGCCGUCCUGCUACUUUCGCGAUCGACAAGUCUACUGCCGAACGGAUUACGCCAAAACGUUCGGCGCCAAGUGUUCCAAGUGUUCCCGUUCGAUCGCUCCCUCUGACUGGGUGCGGAAGGCUCGGGAACUGGUAUUCCAUCUGGCCUGUUUUUCCUGUGACACCUGCGGUCGCCAGCUAUCGACCGGUGAACAGUUCGCGUUGAUUGAUGACAAAGUCAUGUGCAAGACCCACUACAUGGAUACGGCGGAUGAAGGUUCCAAUUCGAGCGACGAUGGCUGCAGCAGCAUAGAUGGGUUCAGCAAAAACAAAUCGAAACGAGUGCGUACGACUUUCACCGAGGAGCAGCUCCACAUUCUGCAGACGAACUUCCAAAUUGAUAGCAACCCCGAUGGGCAGGAUCUGGAGAGAAUCGCCCACCUGACGGGACUGAGCAAGAGGGUCACCCAAGUUUGGUUCCAGAACUCUCGAGCGAGACAGAAGAAGCACACGCAUAUUCCUCGCGACCACAAUAUGGCAGUAUUCAAUGCGCUCCGGCAGGAUCUCAACAACAACAGCAACACAACUCUCGCUGACAACGACCAUGUCAUGGGAAAACCGCCAUCCAUGUUCAACUCACACGUCAAUCUCAUCAAUCUGAUGGUGUAACAUAUGGGAAUGCAAUCACUGUUACACUUGCCACCGGAAGCGCGCUGUCUAACGGAUGAUUGCUAAGCUGAGGACGAGACAAUUGCUGCCGAGAUCACAAUGGUCACCAAAUUUACAGAUCCACCUGUGACUGGAUGACCCUGGGGUCUUGGAAACCAAAGAAACACAUCAUUUGGGAUUUUAUAUUAUAUUUAUUAUCUAUUUGUUUAGAGAGUAUUUUACUACAGUAUUAGAUUUUGUUUUUGAAGAUGUUUACAGUGCGACCGCGACAAACCAUUU